AUGAGUUGCAUCGUGUGGAACUGCAGGGGGCUUGGGAACCAACUAGCAGUUCAAGAAUUAGCAGAGGUAGUGACUGCAAAAGCUCCCGCUGUAGUGUUCUUGGCCGAAACACUGGCAGACGAAGCUAGGCUAGAGUAUGUGAAAUAUAGGAUUCAAUUUGAUAAGAAGUUUGUUGUGGAGAGGGUUAACAGGGGUGGAGGUCUUGUUCUUUUUUGGAAAAAUGAUUUGGUGGUUGAUGUAAUCUCUUCUUCUCUGAACCAUAUAGAUGCGAUCAUUAAUAAGGACACUGAAGCAGCCUGGCGCUUCACCAGUUUCUAUGGCGAACCGGAAACACAUAGAAGGCAUGAAUCAUGGGAUCUACUCCACACUUUACAUAGCCAAAACUCAAUGGCUUGGCUGUGUGCUGGGGACUUCAAUGAGAUUUUAAAGCAAAGUGAGAAGCUUGGGGGACGGAUGAGACCUUUGGGACAAAUGCAACUCUUCAGGGAUAUUUUGGAUGAAUGUAGCCUUAUGGACAUUGGUUUUAAGGGCUCGCCUUUUACUUGGAGUAAACAUUAUAGCAAUGGAAUUUCGAUAUGGGAAAGGCUAGACAGAGCUGUGGUCUCCUAUGACUGGUUUGCUAAAUUCCCAGGUGAUCGGGUUCAUCAUGUAGAUAGUACUACUUCGGAUCACAAGAUUCUUUGGAUUGAAAAUUCGGAUUUGAACUAUUUACCGAGGAAGAGAUUGUUCAGGUUUGAGGAAAUGUGGUUAGGAGAUAAGGGGUGUGGCAAGACAGUGGAAGGCAUUUGGCAGGUCAGAUAUGAAAAGGAAUGA